UGCGGCCCGUUCGGCUCGGCCCGGCCCGGCCCUGCCGGGCGGCCCCGCCGCCAGUCUGCCGGCGCUGCGGAGCGGAGGAGCGGCCAUGGCGGCGGCACCGGCGGAGGCGGAGACCCGGCAGCGACUGCUGCGCACCGUCAAGAAGGAGGUGAAGCAGAUCAUGGAGGAGGCGGUGACGAGGAAGUUUGUACAUGAGGACAGCAGCCACAUCAUCUCCUUCUGUGCUGCUGUGGAAGCCUGUGUCUUGUACGGCUUGAAGCGGAGGGCGGCAGGAUUCCUACGCAGCAACAAGAUAGCAGCUCUGUUUAUGAAGGUGGGCAAGAGCUUUCCUCUGGCAGAAGAGCUUUGCAAGAAGGUGCAAGACCUGGAGCAGCUCAUUGAGAAUGCGCGAAAUCAAGUCCAGGGCAUCCCGGAGAAUGUGCGCAAGAUGCCGAAGCUGCCCAACCUGUCUCCUCAAGCCAUCAAGCACCUCUGGAUCCGCACAGCCCUCUUUGAGAAGGUCUUGGAUAAAAUCGUGCAUUACUUGGUAGAAAACAGCAGUAAGUACUAUGAGAAAGAAGCUCUCCUGAUGGAUCCCGUGGAUGGGCCAAUUCUUGCAUCUUUAUUGGUGGGGCCCUGUGCGCUGGAGUACACGAAGAUGAAGACGGCUGACCACUUCUGGACAGACCCCUCGGCUGACGAGCUGGUUCAGAGGCACCGGAUCCACAGCUCCCACUGUCGCCAGGACUCGCCCACCAAGCGCCCGGCGCUCUGCAUUCAGAAAAGGCAUUCGAGUGGCAGUAUGGAUGACCGGCCGUCGCUGUCUGCCAGGGACUACGUGGAGUCGCUGCACCAGAAUUCCCGAGCCACGCUCCUCUACGGCAAGAACAACGUCCUGGUGCAGCCACGAGACGACAUGGAGGCAAUCCCGGGAUAUCUGUCCCUUCACCAGACUGCCGACAUCAUGGCGCUGAAGUGGACUCCCAACCAGCUGAUGAACGGCUCCGUGGGGGAUCUGGACUAUGAGAAGAGCGUGUACUGGGACUAUGCCAUGACUAUUCGCCUGGAGGAGAUAGUCUAUUUGCACUGUCACCAGCAAGUAGACAGCGGUGGAACGGUUGUCUUGGUGAGCCAGGAUGGGAUUCAGAGGCCCCCGCUGCGCUUCCCCAGAGGAGGGCACUUACUGCAGUUCCUGUCCUGCCUGGAGAACGGCCUCCUGCCCCACGGGCAGCUGGAUCCACCCCUCUGGUCGCAGCGGGGAAAGGGGAAGGUGUUUCCCAAGCUGAGGAAGCGAAGUCCCCAGGGCUCCUCCGAGUCUGCGUCCGACAAGGAAGAUGACGAAGCCACAGAUUACGUUUUCAGAAUAAUCUACCCAGGGACGCAGUCUGAAUUCGUUACCAUUAAUGGUAAUUUUCAUCCAUUCCUUCCGUCUGUGAUCUCCAUCACUGCUGUGAGAGGGAAGAUCGCGAGGACUCCAGCUGCAAGCAAGAUAGUGGUGAUCCCUAAAUGGUUUAUGAGCCUCCCCAUCACGUCCCGACCUCCCCUUGCUGCUCUGGGGGCCACUCGGCAUCAGUUGCCCCAGGACCUGAUGGACACGUCAGGUGCUGGCCUGCCUCCCAUGUGGCAGCCCAGCACCCGCAAGUCCUCCUGCUCCUCCUGCUCUCAGAGUGGCUCCUCCGACGGUGGGCCAUCCAACGGCUGCAGCCAUGAAAGAGCUCCGCUGAAGCUCCUGUGUGACAAUAUGAAGUACCAGAUCCUCUCCCGGGCCUUCUAUGGCUGGCUGGCCUAUUGCAGACACCUCUCCACGGUGCGAACCCACCUAUCUGCGCUGGUUAACCACAACAUUGUGUCUCCUGACGUGCCCUGCAACGCCAGCUCGGGACUGACCGUGGACAUAUGGCAGAGAUACCUGCAGGAUAGCACGACUUACGAGGACCGGGAGCUGCUGCGGCUGAUCUACUAUGGCGGGAUCCAGCACGAGAUCAGGAAGGCGGUCUGGCCCUUCCUUUUGGGCCAUUAUCAGUUUGGGAUGACGGAGGCAGAAAGGAAAGAGGCUGAUGACCAGAUCCGUACCUGCUACGAGCACACCAUGGCCGAGUGGCUGGGCUGCGAGGCCAUUGUCCGGCAGCGGGAGAAGGAGUCGCACGCGGCAGCUCUGGCCAAAUGUUCCUCCGGGGCCAGUCUGGAUUCCCACAUUCAGAGGAUGAUGCACAGGGACUCGACGAUCAGCAAUGAGUCUUCUCAGAGCUGCAGCUCUGGCCGACAGAAUCACGCCCGGCUGCAGAGCGACUCCAGCUCCAGCACGCAGGUGUUUGAAUCUGUUGAUGAAGUGGAACAGACCGAAGCAGAUGCUCAGCUGGAAGACGGCAAACCCAGCAAGAUGCCUAACGGGACGGUUCCCAACGGCACGUGUUCCCCUGAUUCCGGCCACCCCUCUUCCCAGAACUUCUCCAUCGCAUCGGGAUUUUCAGAGCGCAGCUUUAGCAAUGAAGACAGCGCCCUGGAAACCAACAAAUCCUCGGCCAGCUCUCAGGGAAAGGCCGGUGGGUCCGACAUGCCGGCCCCACAGGACCCGGACGGUGCCCAGCGAGAGGAGAAGCUGCAGGGCCAGGACACCCUGGAAGGCGAAUUUCCCACCGGUGGAAGCGUGGACUUUGUGGCCCCCGUGGGUGAGAGGUCGGCAGAGGUCCUGCGUGAUCGUGACACAGUGGCCCUGACUGUGGUAGAGAGCUGGGCAGACAGCGAAGCUGAAAAGCAAAGCUUGGUGGAGAGCGAAGGUAACCUCUCUGAGGAGCCGGAGAUGGAGAGUUUGUACCCGCAGCUGGAUUCUCUGGCUGUAGCUGAUCUGGCCAACAGCGAAGCAUCUGCCAUCUCCUCCACGGGUGUCACCUACUCUCCAGAGCUACUGGACAUGUACACGGUGAACCUGCACCGCAUUGAGAAGGACGUGCAGCGAUGUGACCGCAACUACUGGUACUUCACCCCUGCCAACCUGGAGAAACUCCGCAACAUCAUGUGCAGCUACAUCUGGCAGCACAUUGAGAUCGGCUACGUGCAGGGGAUGUGUGAUCUGCUAGCCCCUCUCCUGGUCAUCUUGGAUGAUGAGGCUCUGGCUUUCAGCUGUUUCACCGAGCUUAUGAAGAGGAUGAAUCAGAACUUCCCCCACGGAGGAGCCAUGGACACCCACUUUGCCAACAUGAGAUCUCUGAUCCAGAUCCUGGACUCUGAGCUCUUUGAGCUGAUGCACCAGAAUGGUGAUUACACUCAUUUCUACUUCUGCUACCGAUGGUUUCUCCUGGACUUCAAGAGAGAGCUGGUGUAUGAUGACGUCUUCGCCGUCUGGGAGACCAUCUGGGCAGCUGCACACGUUUCCUCUGCACACUAUGUCCUCUUCAUUGCUCUGGCUUUGGUGGAAAUGUACCGGGACAUAAUCUUGGAGAACAACAUGGAUUUUACAGACAUCAUCAAGUUUUUCAACGAAAUGGCUGAGCGGCACAACACCAAGCAGAUCCUGAAGCUGGCUCGGGACCUUGUCUAUAAAGUCCAGACUCUGAUCGAGAACAAAUGAAGGACACGGGGAAGACGAGGCAUCCAGACAAAGAGCCGGGACUCCCCUUCAAUGCUUCCUCCCCUUCUCCUUCUUCUCGAAGUGCCACACCUGUGGAAAUAAGGUAGUUGGACGCAUGCCGCUGUCUAAACUGGAAGUACCCUUAGCUCUCCAAGUGCUGUGUUCAGUGUUAGGUCCGGGGGCCCCGGCUCAGAUCUUCGCGGCCUUCUUCAGUGACUUAACCAAAGAUCUGUACAGCUGCGUUUUAUCGCUAAGGACUUGCUUUGGAAGCAGGACCCGGGCGGUCGCUUCCCCGCCUUGCUGCAGCAGAAGGGCAGCAAGUGUGGUUACCACCACAACUGCCGAGGCCGUUGCCAGCAUCCCAGGUCAGAGCUCGGGGUCUGGGAGAGCAAGAGCUGCCAGUCCUCCCCGGGGCCAACUCGGGCUGCGCAGCCUUUGUUGCGAGGAAAUAAAGCUCCUUCCUUGGCCAGCCGUUCCCCUGUGGCCCGGGGAAACCAGCCAGCCCCGCAAGCCUGGACAAGACGGAUGCUGCCAGCACUCAGUUUCUUACUGACAUGAGGUUCUGCCAGUAAGAGAGGGACUUUGAUCACAGAAAUUCCUCUUCUUUUGAUCUUGUCCCUUGAUGCAUAGCAUCCCCCUCUAGUAUUUUUUUGCAGGGCUCUGUCCUCUCCCUGGGAUUUUUAUGUUGUUUGUCACUACGAUAGCUGAGCACACGAGAGUUUCAUCUCUGGCUGGAUUUUCAGAAGAGCUCUGAAUUCAGCAGUGGGUUUUUCUUUCAAAAUCCAGCCUCCGUAAUGCUCUCUGAACACUGGAAAAUCUGGUCUGAACCUCCUCUGGGAACUCUAGACUUGAGGUUUUCUUACCUGCCUUACUCUAGCUGCUUGUGGUAGGAGUCUGGUCUCCCUGUUGUUCCCCUGUUGGGGGAGAGCUCCUCAGAAGGCAAGUCAGAGCUCCUGACUUCGGUGGCUGUCCUGACUUUCCCUCUGAAGGUGCCUGUCUCUUCCUCGGUUAAUUAAAAGACCAGCUGCUCAAAGCCAGCCAGUGCAAACGAUCCCCUUGGUGCCUGCAGAUUUUCUGUGUGCUUCUGGGGCUGGCUGCAAAAGCCCCCGAAGUCCACUGAAAGUCUCCAGCUAGGUCUUGGUGGGCUUCUUUCGCAUGCCUGUGAAGAGGAAAAGCGCCCAAGGUCCCCGAGUGGUCUUUGCUUUUGGAAGAUGCACUUCUGUGGCCGCUGUUCCCUGCGGUGGCUCUCCAGCCUGGCAGCCCCUGGAGCGCGCUGCAUGAAGUGCCUCUCCAGCGCCGCUGGCCUGAGCGCUGAGCUGCUGCGUCACGCUAAGGCUGCGCUACGGAGGGUUUGGAUUCAUUUUUCAACUCAGGUAAAAACAAUAAAGGAAAAGGAGAGGCGUAGGUUGUCGGUAGGUCUAGUUCAGCCGGGGAGGGCUUUGUCGUGGCCACAGAAGGCUGCUGUGAAUGUGUGCUUUCAGCAGCAGGGAAGAUGCUGGGUUGUAGCUCUCUGUGAGGGUAUUUUCUCUAAAGUUUUGCUGCAAAAAUUCGUGUUCCCCCUCCACGUGAUGUGUGUGUGCUCUCCUCCUCCCCUCUGCAAGAUAAGGCCCUGCUCUGCUCUUGCUGCUGGCGUGCUGCUCGCCAGAAGGGAAAAGGGGCCCUUCCCGUCUCCUGUGGAACAUGUGUCUGUGCUGACUGUGUUUCGUGUUUACUUGUGGCACAUGUCAGAUGUUGCUUGCAGAAGAAAAGGGCAGAUGUAAAUCUGCGGAAGAGAAAGCUGCUGCUUCAGAAAAGUUCUGCAGAGCGUGGCGAAGCGGUUUGAGUUUGUGAGGAAAUCGGCUGGUCUUUCGGCAGUACUGGGACGCGGAGGUUGCGGCCAGAAAAACCAGGGGACAGUAGUGUGUACUGGACCCUUGGGGAAGCGCGCUGCCGCGGGGGGUGAGAGCAAUGGGGAGCCUUUCCUUUCUCAUCAUCCCAACGAGCAAACGCGUAUCCACAAUCUAGGAAAUUCUUUGAAGCAAAUUUUCUGCGUUAAAUCUCCAAAGAGUGCUGGGUCUGUAGUAGCACAGGAAACAAAGGCAUUUGAAUUUCAAAUCUGACGGGUCGUGUGUGAAUCUCUCACCUUUCCGCAAAGCGGAGCGAGAAGCUCGUGCCCUCCCUACCAGGCUGUUCCUGUUCCCUCUGGGUCCGAGGACAGGUAACAGUCCGCCUGCGUCACCUUCUCUGAUGCUCUGUCCUCCCCUUUCCGAGGGGCAGGAACCGAUAGGUCAACUUAAAUACAGUCUUAUCAAGCAACGUUCGCUGACACGUUUAUCUUUCAAGCUUCUGUUUUUCUCUUCUUGGUUUUUAAACAAAAACAGCCAAGAAAUUCUGCACAAUAUUUGCUGUCUGUAUUAGCUGGGAGUGUCUCUGGGCCGCUCAAUAGCAGUGUUUUUUGAAUAACUUCUGGGGGGGGGGAAAAAAAGUAUUUAUUUAUUGAUUGUACAUUACUGUGUGUCCUUGUGUACUGAAGUACGUGAGUGUGUAUUGUUAUGCAAAUGGAGAUAUAUCUUUUCAAUGUUCUUUACAAUAUCUUGUAAAUGUUUACCAGAAGUUGUGUCUAUAUAUAAUAUAUAUAUAUAUACACACAGAGUAUAGAGAGAAAAUAUGUGAAUUAAGUGGAUUAUUUUUUGAGGGGGGGGGUGCGGGAGAAGAAAUCUUUUGCUUCUAAGAACUUUGUGGUUUCUAUAGCACCUAUUCCAUGAUGUGCCAAUCUGUCAGUGUCCCUGUAACUGUGAGAAUUGUUCUGGUACGGCACCAGGAAGCUCCGAGCAGAACCACCGUCCUGACCUCAGCGUGGCUUCAGUAGGUCUGACUUAAAAACUGGAAAAAGGAGGAAAAAACGUAAUUUAGAACAGCUUUGUUCCAGCUGUGGUGCUGAGAGCAGACCUGUGCUCGAGCUGUGCAGGGUUCUGUGCCUGCCCUGGGAUUAGUUUGGGUACGAACAGUUGGAGAGUUGAGGCUUGGGGGGGGGUUUGCAAAGAAAUGGGAUAAUCCAAAGAACAUGGUGUGUCAUUUAAAUAGGGACUAAAUUCGUUGUCCUUUGCAGCUGAUGGUACUGUUCUGUUAGGAAGGGAGUGUUACGUGACCCGUGCAGAGUACUUGCGGAGCUGAUCCGCUCUCCUAACUAGCGCCCAUCCAGACGAGCUCUGCCGAAGGCAGCGUGUCCCACGCACCGCUCUACUCUUAAUUCGUACAAAAGUCAGUGGAAACCAUCUGCUCCCGAACACACCCGUGAGAACCUGAGUCUGAACGUGGAGGUCCAGCUUUGUGUUCCCGUGCAGACCUGAGACAGAGGAUGUGAGCCCUUUCCAGGCCCUGCACUGGCGGACGGUGCCGUUCCCUGGCUGCCCGCCCCAAUGGCCCCUCGCCGUGCUGCCGGCAUGGGAGCGGGCAGGACAGCGGCUGCGGGAGGUCACAAAUAGGCUGCGAUAGUCCCUGCGCUCUGCCCAUCCCCAGCUCCUGUCCACGCGUGGUCCCAGCUCGGUUUUGAGAAUCUUCUCAGAAGCUGCAGCGGGAGCUGUGCUCCUGCUGGCCCCCCGGGACCGCUGCUGUCCCACCAGGUUUCUGUGCUUGUGGAGACCCGGAGCGACAUGACACCAGGACUCUGGGGCUCGAGAUCUGCUCGACGGUUAAAAGCUACUAAAGGAUUUUUGUUGUCCAGCUGUUCAUAGGCCUUCUCCUGCCUCAGCCUCUCCUGCCCGGCGCUGCCCCUCCGCAGGGCUGCCCUGAGGUGACGGCCUUAUUCUGGGUUUCCAACAGCGAGAAUCCCCGUGGCACGGAUCUCUCCCGGCUCUGCAGCCGGAGAGUCGCCUCUUUACCAUGGAGGGAGAAGCCCGUCGCAGGGGAAUGCGUGCCCAUAUACAGUCAUCUUCUCUGGCUCCUUGGGGGAGAGGAAUGUCUCAUCCCAGCAGCUCUGUGCAGCUGAAAUCCACCCCGAGCAAUGGCACUACAAGCUGGGGACUAUCUUUAGCCCGCUGUUGUUCGCUCUGCGGGACCAGGGACUCGAGCUGCUCUGCCCUCAGACUCGAGACUGCUGCAUCCUUCCCACCGGUUCUGCAUCCCUCUCGCCCCCAGCCCGCGCUCUCUGCUCCGGGGUGCUCCGGAGCUGAGCCCGAGCGAAGGACGGGCUCCCCGGGCUGAGCUGCUCAACUCGCGUUGCCCCCCCACUGAGCAUCUGCAGAGUUUUUCCGCUUUCUCCGUUGUUAGGAGCUGCUCAGCUCGCAGAUGAUCUCGCUGUCUUUAAAUACAGUGAACGUUCGCGUCCUGGCCCCGCGUUCCCCCGAGGGAGUUCCUAAUGGAUUCUCUUCCUGCAUUUGAGCUUUCUCGUGAUGCAUCCUACCAAAUAACCCUUGAUACCCAUCUCUUCUUAGCGUUACUCAUGUAAACGCUUUAGUAGUUGUCUUUGUUCCUAAAUGUGUGAUUUUUAUAGGAGUUUGACUGUGCUGAGUCUCUGAAUUACCUUGCGAUUGACAUUCUUCAUGAAGACUGAGAGGGCUUUUUGCAUGGGAACUUCUGGCUGCCACCCUGUUGUGCUCUCAUCCAGCCUCUUGCGUGUCGAACAUCCCUUAACAAACCAGAUACAUAACCAGAGCCAGCACUGGAGAUGCAGGUGUCAGCAGCCAUCGUCACUGAGAAGCGCAAACCAGAUCAAGAGAAGUGACUAUUCUUGAUGUGGUAGCGUGGAAUGUCAGUUCUGCUGGGAACCCAUCCCUAAAUCCCACCCUGGAGACACAAGCCUUGUGGCGGGCUGGUGGCCGAGAGCACAAGAUGAGAUUCUUCUUCCUCUUUCUUCUUUAUUUAUGUGUUUGCUUAUUUUAAUCUGGCUGGCUAGUUUUCCUUUCUUUCCCCAUUUACUGCGAGCAGCUGGCUAACUCUCUGCGCUGGGGGCCACUCAGACAGUCCUCAAAAUAGGUAUGGGACCAGUUUCAGGACUGUCAUCAUGUAAGUUGGCUUUUAAAAAUAUCUUAUAUUGUCUUAAACUGCUGCUCUCUGCUGUGGCACGGCUGUUCAGCUAGUGGUAGCUCUGAGCCCGUUCAUCAAUAGGACCAAAACGAUUGUCAGUUCAUCCAAACAUCCGUCAAAUAUUUUUUCACGCUCCAUUUGGGAAUUUUGCCGAAUGCCGAGCAGUCCUGGGCACAUUUUCAGCGUUUUACUAUCACGUGAGCACAAAUUGAUAGUGAAAGAGCACAACUCGGAGAUGAAGUGACAAUUUUCUAGCCAUACGGAAGGGUUGUAACUCACCAGAACCAGUUUUCAGAAAUUCACACAAAAGUUUUCAGAUACCCUGAAGCAGAUAAAACGCCACUUACUGUUGUCUGCUGUUUCAGGCCCUUCAGGGAUCUUCACCAAAGGUCGUUAUCCUGCCCUGAAUUAAACAUAUCCUGCCCUGAAUUAUUGCCUGCCCUGAAUUAAACACGUAUCGCUGAUUAAGGCACCUGAAGUCUUUGUGGUCCCCAGUCACAUUCACCACUUUUAUGUUUCAUGGUGGCGGCGCGGGCCAAAGAUAAGGUUGUUUUGGUGCCGUAGCCAUGCAUUUCUGCAGCUUGGAGUGUUUGCAUUUCUUCUAAAUGUUGUCCGAAUCCUGAAUUUCCUGGAGAAUGUACGCUGUCGGAAUAGCCAUAGCGGUCUUUUAAUAUGUGUCUAAUUUUAGAUGAGUGAUGAGCAUAUUCAACCUUAAAUUCUCGUUCAGUAGUUUUAAUAAUUUCUUUUUUUUUUUUU